UGCCAAAUCCCGGUCGCUGUUCGUGCCGUUCGGUUGGUUCUUCGCUCUCCAGCUUCAGCUUCUGCUGCUUGUUUUGGUUUUAUCACUCUUGUGAAAGUCACAGAAAAAAGGUGUCAUUCCGCGACGACAAGACAAUCAAAAGUGAGGAAAAAAAAGUGUUAUCUCAUCUCUCGCGCCGGGAGUGGCUUAUCAUUGUGGCGACAGCAGCCGGCCCCGUGCUGGAAUAAUCCUUCGACGAUGGCCAAGAGUGGCAAGUACUGCUUCGCAAUUGACCGCGGCGGAACCUUCACGGACGUCCUCUGCAUCACACCGUCUGGGGGAAUUCGAACGCUCAAGCUGCUGUCAGAAGAUCCGGCCAACUAUCCGGAUGCGCCGACGGAGGGAAUUCGCCGGAUUCUGCAGCAGGAGGAGGGUCCGGAGCGGGCACGGACGCGCGACGGGCUGGUCAAUACGGAGCUCAUCGGGUGGGUCCGGAUGGGCACGACGGUGGCGACGAAUGCGCUGCUGGAGCGGGCCGGCGAUCCGGUUGCGCUGGUGGUCAACCGGGGCUUCCGGGACCUGCUGCAAAUCGGGAACCAAGCCCGGCCGAGCAUCUUUCAGCUGAACAUCCAAAAGCCAUCCAAUCUGUACAAGGAGGUGAUUGAAAUCGACUGCCGUCUCGUCCCAGCCCAGCGCACCGUUUGUCAGCUGGAACAGAACUGGCCCGAACUGCGGAGCGCCUCCAACGCCCAAUACCUGGAGAUGGCUCCAAUCGACGAAGAAGAGCUGCGGGCGAAGCUGGUGGAAGUUCUGGAGCGCGGAAUAACCUCGCUGGCGGUCGUCCUCGCCCACAGCUACGCCUGCCCGGAUCAUGAACUUCGGGUGGGGGCUAUUGCGGAGGGGGUGGGCUUCCGGCACGUGACCCUGUCGCACAAGGCGAUGCCGAUGUGCAGGUUGGUGGCGCGGGGGUUCACCGCUUGUGCGGAGGCUUACUUGACGCCACACGUUGAGCGGUAUUUGGCGAGUUUUCGGGCGGGGUUUAAAGAUGAGUUGCGGGGGGUUGACGUGCUGUUUAUGCAGAGUGAUGGGGGGUUGACGCGGAUGGAGAACUUUCGGGGGGCUCGAGCGAUUCUGAGUGGGCCAGCGGGGGGUGUGGUUGGGUAUGCGGUAACGGGGUCGCGCGAUUCGGAUGGAGUGGCGCUGAUUGGGUUUGAUAUGGGUGGGACUUCGACGGAUGUGUCGAGGUAUGCGGGGGUUUACGACCAUGUGAUUGAAUCGACGACGGCGGGGGUUACCAUUCAGGCACCCCAGCUGGACAUUAAUACGGUUGCUGCUGGGGGUGGUUCCCGGUUGUUCUUCCGGUCGGGGUUGUUUGUGGUGGGUCCGGAAUCUGCCGGGGCACAUCCCGGGCCAACGUGCUACAAGAAAGGUGGUCCACUGACGGUGACGGAUGCCAAUCUGAUUCUUGGGCGAUUGCUUCCGGAAUACUUCCCGAAGAUCUUCGGUCCGCGCGAAAACGAACCGCUCGACUACAUGGCCACGAAGGAGGCAUUCCUUGUGCUGCGGCAGGAAAUCAACGACCAUCUGAUCAAGUCGGGCGAACGCGAGCAGCCACUUUCGCUGCAGGAAGUCGCGAUGGGUUUCAUUCGGGUGGCUAACGAGGCCAUGUGCCGACCGAUUCGUGCGCUGACGCAGGCUCGUGGACUCAACACUUCCAACCAUCUGUUGGCUUGCUUUGGCGGCGCUGGGGGACAACAUGCUUGCCGGAUCGCGAAGGAGCUUGGCAUUGGUAAGGUGCUGAUUCACAAAUAUGCGGGGAUUCUUUCGGCGUACGGAAUGGCGCUGGCGGAUGUGGUGUACGAGACGCAGGAACCGGCUGGAAUUGCGUUGAGUGAGGACAAUCGUGGCGUGAUCAAGAACAAGCUAGAUGAAUUGUCGCAAGUCUGCAAGGAACAUCUAAUGGGUCAAGGUUUCGACGAGGACUCGAUCGUCCUCGAGCCGUACCUUCACCUGCGAUACGAGGGAACCGACUGCGCGCUCAUGUGCUCCCCCGACAAGGUAAUCGACAAUCAGGACAAUUACAUCUACACGUACGGUGACUUCCAGAAGACAUUCUUCGAGCGGUACCGAAGCGAGUUUGGGUUUGUGCUGGAAAAUAGAAGUGUCAUCGUGGACGAUAUUCGCGUUCGAGGUUCUGGCAAGACGUCGCUUUACGAGGAGACAUCCAUUCCGGAAGCGAGCGGUCCAAUUUAUCCGGAAAAGACAACAACCACGUACUUUGAGGGAGGAUCGCUGGUCACGCCGGUGUUUGACUGCGCCAAACUUUGCCACGGGCACACGAUCCAAGGUCCGGCCAUUUUGAUCGACAAGUUGUCCACGAUCGUGAUUGAACCGGACUGCGCGGCGCUCGUCACCGAGAAGGGAGAUUUGAUCAUCGAGGUAGGUUCCGCGGGCGGGGACAAGCGUAUCGAUGAGCGUUUGGACGCGGUGCAGCUGAGCAUCUUCAACCAUCGGUUCAUGAGCAUCGCCGAGCAGAUGGGACGCGUGCUCCAGCGGACCGCCAUCUCAACCAACAUCAAGGAAAGGUUGGACUUUUCGUGCGCUUUGUUCGGCCCUGACGGCGGGCUGGUCAGCAACGCUCCCCACAUUCCAGUUCAUUUGGGAGCGAUGCAGGAAACGGUGCAGUUUCAAAUUAAAGAACGCGGAGAUACGUUGAAGCCGGGUGAUGUUCUGCUGUCCAACCAUCCGCAAGCCGGAGGAUCGCAUCUCCCAGAUUUAACAGUCAUUACGCCCGUUUUCUACCCGGAAAACCCCCGACCAAUCUUCUUCGUUGCGUCCCGAGGUCACCACGCGGACAUCGGCGGAAUUACACCCGGAUCCAUGCCACCGCACUCCAAGUCACUGUCCCAGGAAGGGGCGGCUUUCAAAUCCUUCCUCCUGGUCGACGGUGGGACGUUCGACGAAGCGGGAAUCAUCCAACAGCUGACAACACCAACGGGCGCCCCAGGCGCAACCGGAACGCGCAACCUGUCGGACAACCUGUCCGAUUUGAAGGCCCAAAUAGCGGCCAACCAAAAGGGCAUUCAGCUGGUCACGGAGCUGAUCGAGGGCUAUGGGUUGAGCGUGGUACAGGCGUACAUGGGCUACAUGCAGACAAAUGCCGAACUUGCCGUGCGAGACAUGCUGAAGCAGAUCGCAAAGGAGAGCAAGCUACGCACCGGUGGUACAAUCCUCGAGGCCGAAGAGCAGAUGGACGACGGCUCUCCGAUCCGGCUAAAAGUCUCAAUCGACGAGCACGAAGGUUCUGCCAUCUGUGACUUUAGCGGCUCCGGUCCAGAAGUGUACGGCAACUGCAACGCGCCACGUGCCAUCACGCUAUCCGCCAUGAUCUACUGCCUCCGCUGCAUGGUCGGCCACGACGUCCCCCUCAACCAGGGCUGUCUCGCCCCGAUCCAGGUCGUCAUCCCGAAGAACUCAAUCCUGGACCCCUCAGACGGCGCAGCCGUCGUAGGCGGAAACGUCCUCACCUCCCAGCGCAUCGUUGACACCGUGUUCCGAGCGUUCCGAACGUGUGCGGCCUCGCAAGGCUGCAUGAACAACAUCACGAUCGGAGACGAGAGCUGGGGCUACUACGAGACGGUCGCCGGGGGAAGCGGCGCUGGCCCGGGCUGGCACGGAACCGGUGGUGUUCACACCCACAUGACCAACACACGCAUCACGGAUCCGGAAAUCCUCGAGCUGCGCUACCCCAUCAUUUUGAAGAAGUUCUCCCUGCGAGACGAUCAAUCUGGGGGGGUUGGACUGUACAGAGGUGGCGAGGGCGUGCACCGCGAGCUGCUGUUCCGCAAACCGAUGACGCUGUCCGUGCUGACGGAGCGUCGUGCGUUACAACCGUACGGAAUGGCGGGUGGAUGUCCUGCCAAGCGGGGAUUGAACUUGCUUCUGAAGCCCGACCGAGCCAUCAACUUGGGAAGCAAGACGGCGGUCGACGUGGAAGCUGGCGACAUUUUCUCGAUGAAGACCCCAGGUGGCGGCGGAUACGGCACACCGUCAGCCAACGCGUUCCCCGGAAUCGAGGACCUGGACAACGAAGAUACGCGAUUUAUCGAACGUGGGAGCGUCUACGAGUACCGGAUGAACCAGGAGUCCGUUUGAUGGCAUGAUGUCGGUUUUAACUUUAACUUUUACAUCGUGUUGAUCGUUAUUCUAAUCAUAAUCGUUGUCGUAAUGUUCAAGUAGGUAGCUCAGAGAAGGGUUUCAGGCGUUUGUUAUUUAGGUGUCGAGAUUUAUUUCCUCUUUCCUCCCUCAGAUAAUCGUUCAUAUCGCAACUUUACUCAGGAUAGCGACGAUAAGCGUGCGAUGGUUCGUAAUAGAAAACAGUUUCCACACACAAUUCUAAAGCAACCGUAGCAAUCAGGUAGAAAAAAAGAAACAAUUGUUGAACCUUUUAAACAGUCCUAGCGUGUUCAACCGUUUGAACCAAUUUGCCAAAAUGAAAUCGAAAGUGUUCCAAAUUUUACAAGACGAUUUGAGAAGCCGCUCAUAUUUGGCCUUAGGAAGUGAUAUCGUAGAGUUUUAGGGUAAAAUCUAUUACGCACAAUAAAGUUUUUCGUAGGUAGGUAGAUCAACAAAAA